AUGCAGCGCGAUAAUGUGGCUGCAAAGCGAGUGAAUCCAGUGGAUAUGGACCUACCCGCCAGCUUUGCUGAACUUCGCUUUGUCCGGCGACCGGUAAAUGCCAUCCCCUUGGUUCUUGCAAUGGCCCAGAUGCGAUGCGCGUAUAUAUUACGCGGAGAUUCUGUUAAGGUGCGUGUCACAGGAAUGCUGAGUUUGUAUUAUUUCGGUCCUGGGAAAAAUCGGGAAGUAGAUAGUUGGCAUUUGCUCACUCAUACCCUGGGUAGACUCGAUCCUCCUGGUAUUUAA